AUGGAAUAUGGUGCAAGAAAUUUUGUCAAUUAUCUUUGCAUCGGUACCCUUCACGAUUCCUUUGCUCGUAAUCAUGCUGAGAGCACACCGCAUCAAAAAGGCCAGUCAGGCGACUAUAUUCACUUCACAGAUUUACAACUUUCUGUAAAGCUGGUUUUUCAGAGAAAACUUAUACAACUCUCUAUCGAUCACCCAACCCAGCGGAAACGUCAGCUGCUAAAAGCAAAGAAGAAGCGAAUGAUGUUGACCAGCAGAGCAUUGUCAAUGUUUGAAAAGGGUGAAACGCCUGAUGACAUGACAGAUACUAGCACAAUGGGAGGAGAACCGCGUGAUUUCACAGAACAGUCAGAGGUCAAGGACAGAACUUAUCCUAUAAAAUCUGGCACGGACAAAACCAACUCACAAUUUUCUGGGACACCAGAAAGUAUGAAACCUGAUGACCGAAGCAAAGAAGAUGAUCGACGACAUUAA